AUGACCGGCUCCGCUCUUCAGUCGCUGCCCAAGCCUCGUCCCGGCUGGCUUUUGGCCUCCGCCGGUCUGGCCGUCCUCCUUAUGCUGGGGGCUGCCGCAGCCUGGCGCCGGCGGAGGCGCCUUCGUCCAGGGCGGCGGGAGCUCAAGGCGGUGGGAAGGGUCUCGGGCCUUUUCAUCUACCCGGUCAAGUCCUGCCGCGGGGUGGCCGUGGAGCGGGCGGAGGUGACCGAGCUGGGCCUCCGCAACGGGGACCUGGGCGACAGGUGGGUGUGCAAGUCGGGAGGCGUCGCUUUUUCUUGCUUCUGUGGGUUCCCAACCCCGCCCCACCUUCCAGCCUCCCUUCUAACUUGCUUUCCUCCCAAACUUUUGGAGAAGCGUGUGGACAGGUGUUUUAAGAACACGCGCGUCAAAUUUUUAUCGAAUUUAGAUAUCGCCUUUGAUCCCAGGAUCGUGCGCCUGUUUACUCGGACUAAGUGCAUUUUAGGGCUUGCUCCCAGGUAAGUGUGCAAAGGAUCGAAGUGUGCAUUUCGAUGCAGCUAACCCCCUAGGCGAGCUUGCAUAAGAUUGUAGCUGUUUGCGCAAAUCCUUUGCACACUUUCAUGGGCAUAGCCAGGAUUUAUGUUGGGGGGGGCGGAGAUUUCAUGUUAGUGGGGGCUGAACCUCAGUUAAGUAUUUAUAUUGAUUUUAUUGAUUUGGGGGGGGGCAGCUGCCCCCACUUGGCUACGCCUAUGCACACUUCCACAAAAAUCGUCUAGUACAGCAGGCUUGCAGGAUCUGUUCCAUUUACAGUGGUACCUCAGGUUAAGAACUUAAUUUGUUCUGGAGGUCUGUUCUUAACCUGAAGCACCACUUUAGCCUGAGGUAAUAUUUCUGGGUUAGCAGAGUCUGUAACCUGAAGCAUAUGUAACCUGAAGUGUAUGUAACCCAAGGUACCACUGUAUUUACUGGAACCCUGAGUGCCACAGUCAGAGCCAGUUGUGAAGAACAUACCCUUAACAAUUCCUGGAUCAGGGAUUUGUCUUUGAGUAGCAGAAGUGCAAUGAGUUUACAGUCCUUCCACACAGAAGUCCAGCCCUAUUGUAAAGUUGGAAGGGACCCCGACAGUCAUGUAGCCCAAUGUAGGAAUCUCAACCAAAGCAUCCAUGACAGAUGGCCAUCUAACCUCUGCUUUUAAAAACUUCCAAGGAAGGAGAGAUCACAAUCUCCUGAGGUAGUCCGUUCCACUGUCAAACAGCUCUUACUGUUCAGAAAGUUCUUCCUGAUGUUUAGUUGGAAUCUCCUUUCUUGUAACUUAGAAGGCGAAGCUGUUGGUUCGAGUCCUGCCCUCCAGAGCAGGAGAAAACAAGCUAGUUCUGUCUUCCACAUGACAGCCCUUCAUAUAAAUUGCUUGAUUCGCAGUACAGUGGUGCCCCGCAAGACGAAUGCCUCGCAAGACGGAAAAACCGCUAGACGAAAGGGUUUUCCGUUUUGAAGUUGCUUCGCAGGACGAAUUCCCCUAUGGGCUUGCUUCGCAAGACGAAAAUACCUUGCGAGUCCUGAGAUUUUUUUUUCGCUUUUCCCCCCCUUUAUCUAAUCUGCUAAGCCUUUAAUAGCCUUUAAUAGCCUUUUAGCAGCUAAUCCCCUAAGCCUUUAAGCCUUUAAUAGCCGCUAAACAGCUGAUAGCGCUAAUAGCGCUAAUCCGUCAAUGGGCUUGCUUCGCAAGACGAAAAAACCGCUAGACGAAGACUCUUGCGGAACGGAUUAAUUUCGUCUUGCGAGGCACCACUGUAAAAUGAAACUGCUCCAAGUGAGAUAAAGGUUACAGCUGCCCGUGCCUGUUCUGGAAAUAGGUUCUUUUAAACAGCACUUUGCUGUGAAAAGAGAAGCACAUACCAUGGUCAAAACACCCUGAAAGUGCCAAGUUAAGCUUAAUCUCCUGUCACUCCCCCACCCCCAACACACAGACUCCUGCCCCCAUGAGCCUUUUGCAUGGAAGAAAACAAGGGCAGUGGCAGAAGGUGGAAUAUAAUGGUAUUUUUACCUGGCUAUGAUGUGCAACUCAGACUGUGAGUAGGGACUUAACCCUUUGUUCUUUUCUUCAGAAUGUAAGACCUUUUGAAUCUUGACACCUUUCACCCUGGCUUUCCUCUUCUCCAGUUGUACAACGCAGUACAGUACUUGGUGCUGGCAUCCCCUGUUUGUUUGUGUUUUGCUUUCUGUCAGGCUGUAUCCUGUCCGUCUUUCUCCACUGUACUUACCAUGCUUCUUUCUCCUUAGGGUUUUUGCUUGGCUUGCUUCUUUCCCUUUUAACAGAGCUUUGGCAAACAGAAAACAUCAGAGGAAGCUCUUCAAGACAUGGCAUUAAACAUUAUCACCUGCUAUUUGCAACAGAUGAAAGUGCUGUUGUUAAAGGGGCAGCUACAAGGGCCCGUUUCAAAAACUGACAAGCGUAUUCUUCCUCUUCUUUCAUCUGCUUCACCUUUCAGUAGAGCAAAAAAAGUAUUGUGGCACCAUGAAGACUGAAAAUGUAGGUCUUAAGCUUUUGUGGGCUACUGUCCAUUUCCGUCAGAUGUAUAAAGCCUUAUCAGCUUUCAAUUUUGGUCUGUUUCUAACUCAGGUGUUGGCUUGUAAUAAAAGAAGAUGGACAUACAGUGACCGCUCGGCAGGAGCCUCAGCUAGUAUUGAUUUCUGUCUCCAGUGAAAAUGGCUGUUUAACUCUGAGAGCUCCAGAAAUGAAGGAUCUUCGUAUUCCCGUCCAACUGUCGGUCAAAAACCCAGUGCAUAAUUGCAGGUGCUUUAGACUUCCCUGUAUGUCACCUCUUAGGUGUUGUACAUAAUUCUUAAUAUUCCCCUCCCCACCAAGCUACAGCAAUAGAGUUGGCUUAAAAGGCAACCCUCCAUUCUAAAAAAUCUUGACAAUAACCACAAGGGGACACCAGUGAAUGACAUUAAUUUUUGUGUGUGCGAUGCAACUGAUUUUCAAGUUUUGAGCCUUAUUGUCCAUUCUGAAGAGUUACCACAAACUAUGCUUCUGUAUGUAGAGGUUUUCUAUAUUUGACCCUAAACUGCUUUAGGAAGAGUAGUUUUUGAACAUGUGAAGUCUUUGGCUUUGUCUAUGUUUUCUCUAAUAGGGCAAAUGACAGGUAUGGGUAGGGAUUUCCAUUUGAGAAAAUGAUUAGCUUCUCCCCUUCUCCAGCAUUGUAGUAUUAAUUAUUUUAAUUACAGUUGAUAGGAAAGAUAGUACUGAUGCCUCCCACAAAUCUUGCAGGCUGUUUGGCUUUGAUGUCCAAGGCAGAGACUGUGGAGAAGAAGCAGCUCAGUGGAUCACAACCUUCCUGAAAUCAGAACCAUACCGUUUAGUUCACUUUGAGCCGAACAUGGUUCCUCGGAAUUCAAAAGAUCUUAUGGAACCUUUCCGACCCACUGAUAAGGUUAGGAAACAACUUUGUAGUGAUCUUUGGAGCGUGCCACACUCACAGUUUUGUAGUGUGAAUUUGCUUUUCAAAGGUUAUAUUCUUUGUCUCAUGUUUAACCAACCAACCUACUGUUGGUUUAAGCUGAGUAGUAAUGACCAAUAUAAAUGGAUUGCAGGCAAAUACGUUAUAUGUGCAGGUUGGUGCUGGAAGACCCCUAGUACAAGCUUAAAAUAACUGGAUUUUGGCUCCAAUAGAAUAUUGUUUGAACAAUGGCAUUUGCUAUAAGAAGUUUUUGUUGCUUUAGUUAGAUGUUGCCUUUACAUUAACAGAUCCUUUACAUCCUUUGCUUAUCCUUUCCCACCGUUUUAUCAUGUCUAAACUUGUUUUCCAAAGACCGGCUUGACCAAACUAGUGACCUCUGCCUUUGAAAAGCAAGUGGGAAAUUCCUACAUAUUUGGUGGCUGUUGCGUUGAGGGAUACUAAACAGACAGUUGUUUCCAGUUGUCAAGCUUUCUUCAGAGAUAAGCACAACGUUGAUCACUUACAUUAAACUGCAGUCCAUGAGCCUGAUAAUCUCAUUAGCUAAAUGCUGCUCUCCUAGUUCUCAUUCUCAUUUCAUUUUUAAUUUGUAUGCUGCCUUUCUACAUAAGGCAUAGAAAUGGGGGGGGGGGGAGUAUAACAAAGAUCACAUGUCCUGCAACAAUCUGAUUCAAUACAAAUAAUUCAUAAUGAAAAAUGUAAAUAUAAAAAUAAGCAACUAAAGUAGUCCUGUUCCUGGGAAAGUAGUUGUUUAUUUAUUCAAUAAAUUUAUAGACUGCUUUACAACGUAAAGCUAUUGAAGCAGUGUACAUGCUAAGAACAAAAUAGAAUAUGGAAACAUAUUCUGAAAACAAUAAAAUAAAUUCAACUAACUUAAAAACAAUAAAACAAUUCAUACCAGCUCUAGAAGCAACAUGACAAUUUCAUCAGAGAUGAACUUGAUUAAAUGACGUGAGUUACACCUCAGGGAAAGUCUUCCUAAACAAAAAUGUACACACCUUAAGUCCCUAUUAUACCUUUAAGCUGAGUGUUUUCUCAGUGUUGGCAGCUGCUUGUGGUGUAAGGUGCUUGUGGUGUUUAUUUCCCCAAGCUUUUUAUGUAUUGUAACUUAUUGUGUAUUUUAUUGUUUCUGUAAAUCUCCCUAGAAACCUUGUUAAAGGGUGGUAUAUGGUUUUUAAAUAAAUAAAAUGUUGGCACUUGUAUACAGCGCUGGGGAUUUUCUUGAAAAAAACCGAAUUGCAAAAUUUUCCUAUGCAAAUUGGAAAAAUUGGCAUAAGGUAAUUUGCAUCAGAAAGUUUCAGUUUCUAUUGGGAAAUUAUCCAGUGCCCUAGAGCAGUGAAGGAGAACCUAUCCCAUGGGUCUAAUGAGGCAUGGUAGAUCCCUCCCCAUUUGGCCUACAGCAGGCAUAGGGAAACUUGGCCCUCCAGAUGUUUUGGGACUACAAUUCUCAUCAUACUUGACCACUGCUCCUGUUAGCUAGGGAUCAUGGGAGUUGUAGUCCCAAAACAUCUGGAGGGCCGAGUUUGCCCUGGCCUGGCCUACAGUAUGGUUUGGUCCCAAACCACACCCACCCGAUGUCAUGACAGGUAAACCCACAGAGCCGAAUAAAAAGGGGAAAGGAGGAGUGCACUUAGAGCAUACUCCUGAUUAUUUCUUUGAAGCUGAAUUACCUGAUGGGCAGCUCUGUCAAAAGCUGCCUGUGGGAUGUUUGGGAAUUCUGGAUCCAGCCCCUUGGCUCCAGUUUCCUACCCUUGCCCUACAGAGUGACCUAGUUUAGCAUGUUUGUUUACUGGGCUAAAGACUUUGGAACUGCUACUGUUGCCCAAUACUUCUGCAGUUGCCAUCAAUUAAUUGCUGCUAUUUGAACUUAGAGAACGCUCUCUGCCACACCACUACUUGUAUAGUAUUCUUGAGAGCCAUUUACUAUCCGCUAUAAAUGGUCUAAAAAAACCACCAUCACACAACAUGAUUCCUUCACAAGGAGGAAACGCUUUUUAAUCAUUUUCCAAGUAGCUACUAGCCCAGGGCAUUACAUACAAAUCCAACAGACCCAGUACUAAAACUGAAAAAUCUUUGAGAACCAUUUCUCCUAUAAAGGUAAAGGUACCCCUGCCCGUACGGGCCAGUCGUGUCCGACUCUAGGGUUGUGCGCCCAUCUCACUUAAGAGGCCGGGGCCAGCGCUGUCCGGAGACACUUCCGGGUCACGUGGCCAGCGUGAUGAAGCUGCUCUGGCGAGCCAGCACCAGCGCAGCACACGGAAACGCCGUUUACCUUCCCGCUAUAAAGCGGUACCUAUUUAUCUAUUUGCACUUAAGGGUGCUUUCGAACUGCUAGGUGGGCAGGAGCUGGGACCGAACAAUGGGAGCUCACCCCGCCGCGGGGAUUCGAACUGCCGACCAUGCGAUCGGCAAGCCCUAGGCACUGAGGUUUUACCCACAGCGCCACCUGCGUCCCAUUUCCCCUAUACCUGUGGUCAAAUAUUUUAUCCACACCUUCUGCUGUAAGGGGCCUUUAAUGGUCAUUACCAAUUCAGGCUGGCCUUUUAAGCAAACAUUUAAAUAAUCAUUGAACUUUCUGAUCCUUUUGUUUGUUUUCUUUUAAAUCUGAGCUGUUAAUAGCUUUAUUCUGCCUCUGCUAGGAGGAAAGUUUUUUUUAAUCACUGCAUAUGGGAUGUUGUUUUCCCCUUUUUGUUCUGUAAGCAGCCCAGAGAAUAUCUGUUAAUGGACAACCAUGUACGUUUUAAUCAAUAAAAAAAAAUGGCAAUGAACCACUGCCAGAUUAAAUGCUGUCUGUCUUGCAACAAUCUCUCUCUCUCUCUAGAUUGCCUAUCCUGACUGUAGCCCGGUUAUGGUGCUUUCUGAAGCGUCUUUGGAAGAAUUAAAUACCCGAUUGGAUAAGAAAGUUACAGUACGCAACUUCAGACCAAACAUUCUGGUCACAGGUUGCAGUUCUCAUGAGGAGGUAAUACAUGGAAUAUCCCCCUCACCAAACAAUACCUUUCCAUUUGUAUAUGUCAGAGAGAUAAAGAAUUAUAUGACCUUCCGUGAACAUUUGAAGCCCUGUAUUGGGAAGCUUUUAUUGUGUGAUGUUCUCUUGUGUUUUUGUAUAUUCUGUUGGAAACCGCCCAGACAGGCCGGGGCAACCUAGUCAGAUUGGGGGUGGGGUGUGUGUGUUACAAAAAAAUCAAAUUACCGUAUUUUUUGCUCUAUAAGACGGACCAGACCACAAGACGCACCUAGUUUUUGGAGGAGGAAAACAAGAAAAAAAAUAUUCUGAAUCUCAGAAGCCAGAACAGCAAGAGGGAUCGCUGCACAGUGAAAGCAGCAAUCCCUUUUGCUGUUCUGGCUUCUGUUGAUAGCUGUGCAGCCUGCAUUCGUUCCAUAAGACGCACACACAUUUCCCUUUACUUUUUAGGAGGAAAAAAGUGAGUCUUAUAGAGCAAAAAAUACGGUAUUAUUUUUAAACUGUCACUUGGAGCAAAGUACUUUUGUAUUUAUAAGGGUGCAAGUUUCUAUAUGCAAGUAGAACUCUUUAGUGCAGCCUUGGGAUCCUUCAGGAGGAAGGGCAAGGUAUAAAUUUAAUAAACAAAUAAAAAAUACAAAAUAAAACACAUUCUACAUGCAAAGCUUACAAAUGACCUAAUAUUGUGAACACUAUAUUUCCACAGGAUACCUGGGAUGAGAUAACUAUUGGUGGUGCAGAAAUGAAAGGUGCAAUGGGCUGCCCCAGGUAAGCAAUUUUGCACUGCAUCUGAAGAAGCAAGGAAGUACUUGAGGUUGCUGUUACCUCAUUCUGUUUCUUCAUUACAGGUGUAUACUUACUACUGUUGAUCCAGACACUGGCAUCAUGGACAGAAAAGAGCCUCUUGAAACCUUGAAAAGGUAACAAAAAUUUUCUGAGUUCCUCCUCCGUCAUCUGAAUAGGUAGACUAAUGACUGUGUGCAGCUCUCAAAAUGUGAUCAUGUCUUGAAAUCCUGGUUCUGUGGGAAUUCUCUCUGCAUUUUAGUGAGGCAGUAAACUUGCAAAACUAGACUAAAAAUAAUACAUUAUUUGUUGAACUGACCAUUCUGAAUGCUUACUAAUAUGAAAUCUGUCAACAAAACAACUUUUAAGAGUGCAAUGUGCUCUGCUUUUUCUCUUUAAUGUUCCUAAUGAUCUAAUGGUAAUAGCUGAACCAACGAGUAUUAUUAUAUAAUAGUAAACAACAAAUUAAUAUUUAGAAUGAAACAUGCCAGCUGCUUUUCUGGUCAACAAAGCAUUCAGUAAUGACAAUAUGUUGUUAUUGUAGGUGAGUAUGAUGGCAUGCUUGUUUAGGAUCAAGAUGACUAGUACAAGUCUCUACUCAGAAGUAACCCUCAUUUAGUCCAGUGGUACCCAUUCCCAGAUAAAUGUGCAAAGAAUUGCUGUGUGGUGGCGCAGCAAUAAAACUACUAGCACAUUUGGAAAGCUAAGCAGGGUCUGGCAUGGUUUGAAAGGGAACAUGGUCUGGGUUUCCUGCCUUGCAGGGGGUUGGACUAGAUGACCCUCCUGGUACCUCCCAGUUCUACAUUUCUAUGAUUUGAGCUGAAACGCCCUAACACUUUGGCUCCAGCCUUAUUUUUUAAAACUAGAAAACGUCUUGUGGCACCUUAAAGACUUACAUUUACAGUAUUAGGCACAGACUUUCAUGGACUAUAGGCUACAUCAUCAGAUGCAGAUUGGACAUGGACAGUAAACCUCAAAAACAUAUCCCAUAAGAAAUGUGUUAGUAUUUAACGUGCCACAGGCCUCUUGGGUGUUUUUGCUGCAAAAGACUAACACUGCGUAAUCCUCUGCAAAAAUUUUAAGCAGUAGCUCAGUUGGUUAGAGCAUGGUGUUGAUAACUCCAAGUUUACAGGUUUGAUCCCUGUAUGGGACAGCUGCAUAUACAAGCAUUUCAGGGGGUUGGACUAGAUGAUCCUCAGGGUCCCUUCCACCUCUAGUUCUGUGAUUCUAAAUAUUAAAGAGCCUCUUAAUUAAGUGUGCUUCAUUUGCUAUAAUGUUUUUCACAACAGCUCUGAUUAAUCAACAAAUUUGGCCCUCUGAUGUGUAAGUAAAACACUCAAAACGAAGUCCUAUUGACCUGAAUGCAACCAGUUUCCGUGCAACUAGCAUGCAAUGGAAUUCUGAGCAGGUUUACUCAAAAGUUAAGACCUAUUGAUUUAAUCAGUGCUUGCUCUCUAGUAAGUACAUUAAUUUGGCAGUGGUUUUCUCUCUGUGAGAUGUCCUUUCCAUCUACUCCCAAAAGUAAUUGUUACUAAUUUGCCAAUCAUGAAAGUAACAAAGUGAAACUUUUUAUAUGCUUGGAAAUCCUGUAUUUCUAUCAGCUUCUUACCAAAAUGUUUUCUUAGUCACUUAACUUGAAAACAAGCAUAUUUAGCUAUUUUGUGGAUGGCUUAUUGUUCUCUAAUCUUCUUUACAGUUACCGCCUGUGUGAUACUUCUGAACGGCACAUAUACAGAACACACCCUCUCUUUGGAUGGUAUUUCGGAAUUGAUAAAACAGGAACAAUUCAAGUUGGAGAUAUGGUGUACAAGGCAAUCUGA